GACCAUGUGACAAGAGCUGAAUGUUUAGUAGUUGGUAGCUAAAAGGAAGGGAGUGGGGACUAGUGAUAAUAAAAGGGUUGCCAGUGUGUCAGCACUAAUGCCAUGACAUUAAUUGAAAAUUAUUUAGUAGUUUUUUCACUUAUUCUAGUAUUAUUUCCUCAGAUAUGUUGGCUAUACAGUUUUCAACAUGAGUGGGAUCCGAUUCACAAUAAAUAUUCACAGUUCAGUAACGCUGAACGACUACAAAUGGUCGAUGCGUCUAAAAAGAUGUUUCAGUUCGGAUAUGACAACUACUUGAAAUAUGCAUUCCCUGAAGAUGAGCUUGAUCCUAUUCAUUGUCGAGGUCGUGGCCCUGACUAUGAUAAUCCGUGAGUCUCAAAUCUAAGGACAAAACUGUAAUUUAUAAUACUAAGACAAAGUUAAGUCUAAUGUAAGUCUUGAAUCCAGUUUUUUAAAUUAUUAUUAGGUUUAGCCUUUAGCCACUGAUGGGACAAUUAAUAAUGAUGUCACACUAUUUUGGCUGAUUUUUCUUAUGACCCUGCUACAUUUCAAAUUGUUGCUCAAAGAUAGAUAUCCUUGUCACAUGUGAAACAUCCUCAAAAUUCAAAAUGUCUAAUGACCCCUCCUAGAUAAUGCUACUUAUGAAUGAAUGGUCCCUUAAUAAACUUUUACUUAAUUAAUCUGAUCCCCCCCCCUCCCCCCGUACACUAAACCACUAGGGAUACCUACAGUGUCUACUCUCAUAUGUCGGGUUUCAACCCUUAAAAACAAUUAUAAGGUAAGCUUACCUUUUGGCCCAUCCGCAUCCCUACCAUACACUUUCUAAUUAUAAUUGGAAAUUAUUUACAAGGCAGCUGACAGGUAGAGAAGGCUAUCUAUAUAGUCAACCUUACUUUGUCAGUAUGUGAAUGUGCCAAACUGGUAUGUAUGUCUAAAUGAGAAAGAUCAGUGCAUGCUGUGAAAAGUGAAAGCUGAAGUAAACUGCACUAAGACAAUAUAGUCAGUCUCUUCACCAGCAGCAGCAAGAAAAAUACAGAAAACUCCUGAAAAGUAUUACUGGUUGGUGUUUGACGCUGCCAAAUAUUUGUGGUUAGCAGUAUCUGAGUAUGUCAAGCCAUUAAAUGUCUGGUUGUUAUUGAAGUGUUUGAGUGAUAGAUGCAGCAUGGUUGGCGGUUGGGUUGACGAAUAUCAAGUAAAAACACCAAGAUACAAGCUUGAAGAGUUUAUUUACAUUUGCACAUAAUUUCACAAUGCUUGACUAUAUAUGAAUAAUGAUAGUUUACCCAGCAGAUUAAUUCCUGUUAAAAGGAUUUUCUCUCAGUUCAAACACACAAUAGGUCUAGUAACCUCAAGUUCUUGCCAUCUCUCUUAUUGGUCCCUCUUCAUCUCUCAUGACGUCACAUUAUAUAUUUACCCACUCAUUUUAAAACACCCACACAGCUUUCAACCAUUGGACCCAAACAUCCUUAGGACAUGGACUUUCCCAGAAUGUAAUUUAAACAGCUCACUUGACCUAAUUAUUAUGCAUUGCCUAACAUCUUUCAACCAAUGCGUGCAUACAUCUUUGAGUUUGAGACAUACUUUUAUUCUCUUUAGCUACAGUAGCUCAGUUGCCCUAUAUAAUAAUAAAACAUUCACUCAUGAUUCCAUGACCUUGACAACCCCCUCUAAUCAUCAUACUUGACGCAAAAGUUGAGGCCUCCCCCAUUUUGCCUCAUUUUUUUUAAAAUGGAAAAUUCUUUUGUCACCAGUACCUUAAGCAGAUUUUUAAAAAAGACUUUUUACUUCCUGUAAAUAUUUUUUUCAUUUAAAAAUAAGAUCUUUAUAGAUACUAACAUGAAAAGAAAUGUGUUUAAAAUAUGCAAUCCUUCUUUCUAGAGAUAAUAUCAACAUCAAUGAUGUCCUUGGAGAUUAUGCUCUGACACUGGUUGAAUCUCUUGACACACUGGCGGUAUGUGACCUCAGCUCUUUCUUUAUAUUAACCAGACUUUGUGCUUUUUAUACAUUCUUGACAUAAUUCAGCAUUUAAACCUAGCAACUUUGCAUAAUCAUGAAAGACCAAAGACACCUGCUGUAUCAUUUAACAUGGAUGAUUACCUAUUAAUUGUCUUGUACCGUGGAUUUCUUUGAAAUGUUCAAAUCUUCACCAUUAGGUUUAGAUUAGAAAACAUUAUAUUAAAUACUGUGCUUGAGAUUAAUUUCUUUGUUUUCUUUUACAGAUAAAUUUUGCAUUACUAUGACUUUUGUAAUUCUUAUAUGUAGGUGAUGGGUAACAGCUCUGAGUUUAAGAAAGCUGUAAAGCUUGUUAUUGAGUAUGUCUCUUUCAACAACAAUAACACAGUGCAAGUCUUUGAGGCCACUAUCAGGUAGUAUAGGAUUUUUUCCAAUUGUAAAAAUGAUGAUAUUUCUUAAAUUCUGAUAAAAAUAGUGUGUUAAUUUUAAACAAAAUUAAAUAAAUUUAAAUCCAGAGUUUACUUUCUUCAAAUAAAGGUAGAAUAUUUUUUUUCAUAUUUCAGAGUAAUAGGCGCAUUGCUCUCAGCCCACCUAAUUAUUAUUGAUCCUCGGCAACCACUUGGUGACAUGUCCAUACCAGGCUAUGAAAAUGAACUUCUGCAGCUGGCCCACGACCUUGCUUCACGUCUGCUACCUGCUUUCAGCAAUACUGCAACAGGAAUCCCAUAUCCAAGGGUACACUUAUUUAAAUGUUGGAAUAUUUUUUAUAUUCUUUUCAAAGAAUAAAUUUAAAACCAAAGUCUACAACUUUUUAAAGUAGUUAUUUUAUAUCUAUAUAUAAAACUCAGAAGUAUGUGCUUUGUGCAAUUUAAAAAAGAAAACAAGUUAAUAUAAAUUAAUCCCUUACACAGAUCUAGACCCAAUUUUACAUACAAUUUAUUUUCAAAAUAAAAGUAAUUUUUGUGAUUGACUUAUUGAAAUUAAUUAUUAUUUUUUUUAUUUCAAACAUAGUGUCAAACAUUUUAAUUAUUUAAUUUUUCACACUUGCUUUUAAAAAAAAAAAAUAUCCCCAUCCUUUCAAGAUUUUUAAAACAUCCCUUCUAUUUUUGAAAUUGACCUGAUGUCAGUUACAAACUUAAAUUACAAUUAACUCAUCUUUAAUCAUACUGUAAUCUCGUUUAGUUUUCAUAUAUAUGAGCAAUGACAGAGUAAAUCUAUAACUACAUUUUAACAUUUAUAUUAAAAAAAGGCUUGAGAUUACAAAUCUCUUUUCUCACUUUAUCUUCAUGAAAGUAAAAAUUAUGUUUGUCAUUAUACUAAGGUAUUAUAACUUCCACAAAUCAGUUCAUUGACAUAACCCAAUCCCUCUAGUGACUUUUGUAUCAUCUAGUUGUUUUAAUACUUCAGAGCGAUUGCUUAAUAUUGUAUGUGGUCUUACAAACUGGUCCCACAAUAAAUAUUAAUAUUUAGACAGCUAAAACAUAGUAAUUUCUUUUUGAUAUAGGUUUCUCUGAGUAAGGGCGUUCCACUCAACUGCAUUAAUGAAACAUGUACAUCCGGGGCUGGAACACUUGUCUUAGAAUUUGGUGUCUUAUCUCGGCUGUUAAAUGACCCAGUUUAUGAUGCAGUAUCUCGGCGUGCUGUGGCUAGUUUAUGGAGUUUGAGAUCUAAUGUUACAGGCUUAUUGGGUAUGUUCAAUUAAUUUUUUUUAAAUUCCACUGAAAAGAUCUGUUUCUACUGAAACAUGUCUCACAUAUUUUGUGACUUUUGCUUAUAAUGGUCAUUUAAAAAAAAUUGUAGUUAUGACAUAAGCCAACUUCUGGUACCGGUAAUGAUAAAUAGCAGAAUUUUAGAAUACCGUAAUUGUUUUGUUUUUUUUGUUUCAAAGGCAAUGUCAUCAACAUUCAAACAGGUGAAUGGGUUGGACCAAUGAGUGGACUUGGUGCUGGCAUUGAUUCUUUUUUUGAAUAUUUACUCAAGGUAUGACACAUUUUAACAAUCUUUAUUUCUAUGAUAAAUAUUUAUACUUUACAGAAAGUACUCCAAACAUCUUCAUUUGUUUUGUUUUAUUUUUUAAAGCAAAAAGCAUCAUUAUGUGGAAAUUUUUUUUUUUUUUCAGGCUUUUAUUAUGUUUGGAGAAAAAAAAGAUUUGGAAAUGUUCAAUGAAUCUUAUGAAACAAUAAAAUUUCAUUUACGAAGAGGGUAAGUGGCAAAUCCAAAGUUUAUAUUAUUUAUUUAGGAUGUCUCAUUUAAAAGACAUUAUCAAUUUGGAAUUUUAAAUAGGUAUUCUAUAUAUGUAAUGAUAUAUAUGAUCAUUAAGUAAAGCAAACAUUGUCUUAUUUAAUAUAUUUCAACCUUUUUAGAUAACACACUUUUUAUAAUCUCAGGCGACCGAAGUGUAACUAUGGAGCUGGCAAUGUACCUUUAUAUGUCAAUGUGAAUAUGAAAACUGGUGAAACUGUCAACACUUGGAUUGAUGCCCUUCAAGCUGCAUGGUCAGCUGUCCAAGUGAGGGAAAUGCCAUGUACUAGUCAUUCAGCCUUCCUCAAAAUACAUUUCUUUUAGUCAAGUUUUCAUUAACUGUAUCACAUAUAGUUGGUUACCACAAGGGUGCCAAACUAUUUAGAGGCAGAUCUGGGUCACUGCAUGAAAAUCAGUUUUGAGUUACUAAACACUUUUUCUCUCUGUGGGAUUGUUUUUUCUAUGAACAAAGUCCAUGCAUCAAUUACGACUGACAAAUUGUGAUCCUAACCUAGUUCAUGAUAAAAAUAAUAAUAUAAUUAUGUUUUAAGUAUUAACCCAUUUUGAAUCUAAAGAAACAACUGUUUUUAUGAAAGAACCAACUUUGAGUAUGGUUUGAUUACUUCAAUAUAAAGUUAUUGAAAGCAUAUUAAAAUCUCUUAUAUUUCUGAACAGGUUUUGAAUGGUGAUAUGGAAGAAGCCAUUUGUUCACAUGCCCUUUACUAUGCAAUAUGGAGACGUUACAAUGCACUUCCUGAACGAUACAAUUGGCAGCUUAGAGCCCCAGAUGUUAGAUUUUACCCACUGCGACCAGAGCUUAUAGAAUCUACUUAUUUUUUGUACAGAGCCACCAAAAAUCCUUUUUAUCUCCAUGUUGGGCGAGAUAUUCUAGAGAGUAUUAAUGCUCACACUAAAGAAAGGUAGGGAUCCCAUUCACUGUUUACUCCAUGUAGUUACUACAUGUAAUUCAUAACUUGAGCUAUCUUCUUCUUCUUCUAUAUAUUAAGGGCCCACGAUCAAUGUAUUGAUCAUUCUGGCUCCUAUGCAUGUAGAGGGGAUUUGCAAUGUUUCUGUGCCUGGUGUUGAUGACGAUAAUUCACUGAUUGCCAGUGCUACUUUGUGAGGGAAUCAUGCACUGGGGGUUGGAGGGCAUGAGGCAAUAGACACAAAUGUGUCUGGUGUUGUCGCCUCCAAUGUUCAUUACAUUUAAUGGGAACACUUAUUGGGGACUUUUUUUUUUUUUCUUUCUUUUUUUUGUUGACUUUUGUGUUAAAAACUAAAGCUCUUGUCCUGUUAUGUUUGUUUAGGUGUGGUUAUUGCACUAUACAUGAUGUCCAUACAAAAGAACUGGAGGAUAGAAUGGAGAGUUUCUUUCUCAGUGAAACUUGUAAAUACUUAUACUUGGUAAUUAAAUUUAUAAAUUACUUAUACUUGGUAAUUAAAUUUAUUCGUAAAUACUUAUACUUGGUUCUGUAACUGUUUUUAAAUACUUAAUAACUAGCUAUCUUUCAUAUCUAAACACUUUGCCGCAAGCCAACCCAUGAAAACAUUUGUUUCAAAGUAAAUAAGUAUAUGUAGUUUUGUGACCUGAUUUAUCUCCCCGGUAAAUUUUAAGAAAGUUACGCCAGGCAAAGUGAGCUAGAACACUGUAAUUCAUAGUUGACAUUCAGGAGACAUAAAGAUAUUGAACUAUUUAAAAAAAUUAAAGUUUUAUUGAUGAGAAAUCUAUUUUAUCCCUCCACAGUUGUUUGAUACUGAUAACCCAGUAAACAAAGAGUUUUCCAGGUAUAUUUUUACAACAGAGGGUCACCUAUUUCCUCUGGAUAUGAAAUUUCACAAAAAGCCGUGGGUUGAAGAGGAAGGUUGCACACACAAGGGUCAAGCCAGAUCUCAAUCAUUACUUUUAAAACAGGCCAGGAAAGAACUGGAAGGUCCUAAAAGCACGAAUUACAAUGAACCAGUGAUAACAGAUGCUAGAACUAACUUUUCUAAUGUAAGUGGUUUGUUGAUAGUCUACGUCAUUAUUGGGAUUUCUAAUAGUUGCUGAUAUUGUAAACGCUCUUGAACUUCCACUGGUAUUGGUCACUUUUAGCAUUAAUUUCUUUGGCUUUUAAGUACAUUAAUUCGUCCAAUAAUGAGUGAUUUUAUAGCUCUUUUAUAAGAAAUGAUGUAACCGAUUCAAAACCGUAACGGCCAAAUCAGGCCACUUAACUCUCUGUUUAUAUGUUGCUAUAUAUAGAAAGUGAAAAUCUGGCCAUUUAAAUGAAAACUUCGUGAAAAACUAGACUAAGAGAGAUUUCUCCAGUUUUAAAAAAAAUAUUUUUAUUGAUUGGGUGGGGAGUAUUAAUUAUUUUAAAAGCAAAUUUUUUAAUUAUAUUGUUAUGAUCAUUAGUAGUCAAGUACUUUGUUGAAAAUUGACUUUUAAUAAUUUACACAACAAAAGCUUUUGGAAAUAAUGUUGUUCAACACAUAAAGCAACCAAUUAUGAAUGCAAAUCAAUUCGUAUCAUAUAAAUAUACUGAUAAAUAGAUUUGUUUUAAAUUUUUUCUAAACCCCUCUGUGGUCAGUGUGGAGUUAUUCCCCUUUGGCUAGGGUUAGGGUGUAAUUGAAUGGGUUAAUAUAAAGGAAGUACUGAACUAAUUUUGUUAAUUUAAACUAUGAUUAAAGUUACUAGUCUCACAAAGGAAACAGUCUACUAAAUAAAGAUAUUAUUUGUUGUUUUUACUCUAACAGUGUGAUACAAUAGACCAAGAACGACGCUACAAUCUCCCUAUAUUAAGUCGUUACUUGGCCCAGUUGGAGGUAGCUGUUGGUUUAAGAGGAGAUUCCAGCUAGUUAAUUUUAGAUUCAAGUUAAUACAAACAUUUUUUUUUUGUGCAAUUCAUUUGGGUCUUGGAGGAAAUAAAUUUUUAAUUUUAAAAAAAAAAAAAUUGCAUAAACUAACCUUAUGGUACUAAACAUAUGCACUUCCUGCACAUAUGAAACAGGGUUAAAAAACUUGCUCACUUCCUUCAAACCUUGUAUUGUUGAAUAUAUGUCUUCACAUAACUUCCAAUGUUUAUUAUCCUCUUAACUGCAAUAAAUUUUACCUACUAACAAUAUUUUAUUUUUCCGAUGCAAACACUAAAUCUUAAAUGAAUGAGCUGUGUGGAAAUGGCUUUAUUUAACAUUCAAUCGAGGCCUUACUGUGUUUACACUUGUCAAUGUCAUGAAACAGAAGAAAUGUUCUAAAACCAUUUCUGCAGCUUGUUAUUUUGUUCAUGCUGUCUUCUAAAAAGCAAUGGUGAUAUAAUAUUUGUAAUGGAUCUUACAAUUGACCUGCCUAACUAAGUUUAAUAAAAUACAUGAUAUUACAUUUUAUGCAGGCAUGUGCAUAGGUUUCAAGUUCUCACCACCAGUUCAUUAUAAUUGUUUAUUAUACAUGAACUUUAUGCAAGUAAAUCUUUGACAGCAUGAAUAACAUUAAGAAAGGCUAUCUUUUAGUUUGAGGGAGGUCAGGACCAAAUUUUUAUGCAGAUUUUGUUUAUCCAUUCUAUGGUGAUAAUGUUUGUUUUAGUGUUGUUACUUUUGAAACUGUCGUAACCAGUUGGCCAGUAUUAGUUUGGUGUUCAUCCGUUGGAGGUAAUCAAUGUUUAAUGUCAUAACCAGUUGGCCAGUAUUAGUUUGGUGUUCAUCCGUUGGAGGUAAUCAAUGUUUAAUGCCAUGACUUGGCGAUAUGUUGUUUUUUUUACUCUGCUAGUAUGAAAUAGCUAUUCAAGAUAAAAUAACUUUUUCAAAUCAGUUGUUGAGUUAGCAUGAAGUCAAAUGUAUCAUUAUUUUCAAUCUUCUUAGAACCCCCAGAUGCUAGUGGUGGUAACACUCAAUGCUCUUUUUUCUCUGAAUUCCAACAUUUUCAUCUCUAAUUGUUUGACACAUCCAGUCUGUAUUUACAUGACAUACUCAAGUUUUAAAAUCUUGAUGACAUUUGUACCUUUCAUUCUGUUGGGCAGGUGUGGAGUUAUUUAAUCCAAUUAAUAACCUUGAUUGCCUCUAUAUUUUAAUGUGUACCAGGUACAUUUUCUACCUCCUUAAUUAAUGCUGUCCCCUUGCAUUAUUUCAGAUUUAAGAAUAUCAGCUGUCUUCUCUUGGUUUCCCUGGGACCCUCAAUUUCAUCUAAGCCGAAUGGUUUCUUUGGGUUGUGUUUAAUCCAUCCCUGUGGCGCUACAGCCCAUGUUGGGCUUUGGCCUGCCUCACCACUUCCUUCCACUCAGACCUAACUAAUGCCUUUCUUUUCCAUGCUUGGACUUUCAGCUGUUGUAGAUCUUUUUCCACAUCAUCCAUCCAUCUAAGCCUACAUCUGCCUUUGAGCCUUUUUCCUCUAGAGUAUUGGUGAUGCACCCUCUUCGUUCCUCUGUCAUUUGGCAUUCUCUCUAAGUGUCCUGCCCAGCAUAGCCUGCCUCUUUUUAUUUCUGCUACUAUCGUGGGAUCCUGAUAUAGACUGUACAAUUUAUGGUUGGUUCGUAUUCUCCAUCCAUCUUCAUCCUUUGUUGGUCCAUAUAUUUUCCUGAGAACUUUCCUCUCCCAUGUGUUUAAUAGGUUUUCUACCGUUUUUGUUAGGGUCCAAGUUUCACUUGCAUAUGUUCAACUGGUCUGAUUACAGUUGUAUAAAUAGUUUUCUUUGUUUCUCUUGUAAUGUUUUUACUUUUGAGUAUUUUCUGACUACUGAAGUAUGCCCUGUUUGCGGCUGAUAUUCUUUCAUUUAUUUCUGUUAGUAAUUCGUUUCUUUCAUUUAAAAAAGAUCUUAGGUAUUUGAAUUGAUUUACUUUUUCAAAAAUCUGGUUUUUAAUUUUAAUUGCUUCAUCUGUUUGUUCUUCUCUUAUCAUGGUCAUGUAUUUUGUUUUUUAGUUGUUAACUUCCAGCCCUGCUUGUAGUGAUGCGUCUUCUUAUUCAAUAAAAGAUUUUGGUAUGUCUUUAAUACUUUUCCCUAGUGCUAUGUCAUCAGCAUAUGGAAGAUGCUGAAGUGAUUGGUUGUAGAGUGUCCCCGUUGGUUGUGGGUCUUGAGUUUCCCUCAGAAAGUAUCCUGUUAUCGUUCCUCGAGUGUCAUUGUGUAUGUUUCUCAUAACUCUCUCUAAUGUUAGGUUAAAGAGCAUACAAGACGGUGAGUCUCCCUGUUUUAGACCUCGUCUAAUAUGAAAUUCCCUUGAAUAUUCUCCUUGAAUCUUGAUUUUGCUUUUGAGUUGUUUAGUGUUACAUGUAUUAGUCUUGUCAGUUUGUUGGGUAUUCCAAACUCCUGCAGAGUCUCGUAUAGAUAUUUUCUUUUGAUGCAGUCAUAGGCCAUUUUAUAGUCCACAUAGAGUUGAUGUACUGGUAUAUUAUAUUCAUAGCAUUUCUCUAAUAGGCAUCUGAUGGUGAAAAUCUGAUCAGUCGUUAGGCCUGAAUCCACAUUGGUAAUCACCUAAAAUUUCUUCAGGGUAAAGUUGUAGUCUUUUGGCAAUAAGCUUGGUCAGUAUUUUGUAGGUAACAUUUAAUAGGGAGAUUCCUCUGUAGUUUGUGCACUGAAGUUUGGAGCCUUUCUUGCGUAUUGGGGUUAUUAAUGCUGUUUCCCAUUUUGUUGGGACUUUCUCUUCUUGCCAAAUUUUAGUUAUAAGUUUAUGUAUCUGAGCGUGUAGUUCUUUUCCUGCAUAUUUAAUCAGUUCUGCUGUGAUGAGGUCUUGUCCGGGGGCUUUGUGAUUUUUCAUAUAAUUAAUUACCUCUUUAGUUUCUUCUAGGGUUGGGUAUUGUAUAAAAGGGUCUGGUCCUCCCUGUGGGAGUUGAUAAUCUUCUUCUUGUCUAUUGUCUGCAUUCAGUAUGUCCUCAAAAUAUUCAGCCCACCUCUCCAGUACUUUACUAUUUUCUGUGAUUAAUUCUCCAUUUUGGCUCUCACACAUUUGCGGACUGGCUUGGUAUCCAUUCUUUUCAUCUUUUAUGUACAUUCUUCUUAUAUUUCCCUCUCUUGAUUGUUGGCCUGCCGGAAUCCCACUACUUUUUCCGCUGAUCUUUUAAUGGCAUUUUUUUUAGCCUAUCCCCCUGUUCAUUUAUGUUGUUUUCCCCCUUUAUUUCCUCCUGCGAUGCUUCUAAUUGUGCUUCUACUUCAUUCUGUUAAGCUUUUGCAGUUCAUGGGUCUUUGGGCAGCCUUUGGUAAUCGUCUCGUUUCUCUCUUUGAUUACGACCAUUGUGAAUUAAGCUUAUUCUCUGUUUAUAUUUCACCCUAACAAGUAGAUGGUCCGAGUCUGCAUCCGCUCCUCGAAGGCUUCUCACAUCUAAUAUAUCUGAUCAUGUCUCUGAUCUAUUAAAACAUGAUCGAUUUGGUUGCGGGUGAUUCCAUCUGGUGAGUUCCAAGUAGCUUUAUGUAUCUUUUUGUGCGGAAACUUGGUGCUGCUAACUGACAUCCUUUUUCCUACAGCAAAGUCUAUGAGUCGGAUCCAUUGUUUGGGUUUUGUUUACUUACAUCUUUUUUUUAAAAAUAACCUCGUUCCCUUAUUAUACAUGUGCUUUACUGUGGUUAAAGUUUUAAACACAAAUUGCAGCACUUCUUUUUGAGAAUGUUAUCGUUCUCUUUGCACCGUUAAUAUAUAAAGUUAACUCUGAAAAAUAUUCUGACACCUCGGAUUGGGCUGACAUAAUUCCUAGAAACAUUCCUAAUUGUUUAUGACGUUAAAUAUUUCAACCUCAAUGACUUGUCAUGUGCCAAAUGUAUUGCCAUCAUCUGCCUCUCCAUGCCAAUUGUUUAAACAUCUUGUUUUCAUUUCAGCUUCUUGAGGUCAUUUGCCUCUUUGAAGCCUUACAUUUGAAUUUUAUAAAAUAUAUAUAUGUAAAUUUAAAGAACAAUCGGAGGUGUAACUAAAUACAUAGGCUUCCAAACUUGUUAUUAUUUUUUUCCCCAUCAUUUUUUCCUGAAAAAUAUUAAUGAAAGUGUAAAAAGUGGUACUCUUAUCCAAUGAAGCAUGAGGUGAAUAAAUAAAUAUAGGUUAUAAAGAAACACAAGAGUUUUAAAAAAUUGCUCUCGUUAAAAUUGAUAAAUGUAAAAGAAAAAAGUGAUAACUGGUGAAACAUUAAUUGAGCUGCAACUGAUUUAAACUAAUAUUAAUGGUUUACUUGUAAUGGGCUACUUAUACAUUCUCAGACCUGUUUACCCUCAAACUCUUAAAAUCUUACAAUAUCAUCACAAAGUCAUUUAAUAUGUUAUAUUCAUAAUAAAAAAAUAAACAUACAGUAUAUACAAUCUAUACACCUCAAAAUCGUACAUUGUAUGCCAAAAUCGUAAGAGUAAACAGGUCUGCAUUCAUUGACUCUGUUGAAUAUAAAUGUUAACCAUGAAUGCUAAUGGACAGUACAAAAUAUUUGAUUGAUAUAUGGUGUAGGCUCCUUAUCUGUUAUAGGCACUACAAUAAAUGAGCUUUUAAAUUAAAAUAGUGAGUUAAGUUACCACUUAUGACAUGAGCCUGUCUGCUUUAAAUAACAAAUUUAUUUAGCAAUAACUCUUUUUCUUGUUUGUUUUUAUUAAUUAAAUAAAAAGCAAUUUCUAAUUUUUAACAAUUUAAACAAUAUUUUUUAAAUAAUUCUAUAAAUAUUUAUAAUGAAAGCAAUAUUUAAAAAUAAUAAUCCAUCUACAUAUUCCUUAUAACUUUAACAUAAGAUAUUUUUAAAACAUGGCCCUAAAUAAUAUCUAGUGUUAAUUAAUUUUUAUUUAGGAAAUUUGAUUUUUAAUAUUUAAUUUUAUCAGAGCAGCAAUAUAAUGUAAAAAAAAUUAUCUUUUUUUUUUUUCAAAUAACAAAAAACUUAGGUUACUGAUGAUUAUGAAAAUGUUAUUUACCCGUAAUAGUCUAAUUGAAUAUUUCUGUAAUUUAAACUUGAGGUUUGAAAAACAUUAAUUAAAAAUGCCAAUAUCAGCUUUGGAUUUUAAAAACUCACUUGGUCUACAUUUUAUCCCCUGUUUCUGAAUGAAUUUCCAUAUAAAAAGAAUUAUUACACAUUUAGAAAAUGAUCUUUGAUUCAAAAACAUUUAACUUUUAAACUUUUAUUUGAGCAGGAUCUGACCUUUUAGAGAAUUAAAAUUACCCUUAUUUACAUGAUCAAUUCUAAAUUAGGUAUCAUACUUAUAUUGAUGCAUUAUAAAUCUAUGCAGGAAUUUAACUGUAAUCUUUAAUGAUACUCAGCAACUAUCCUAACAAUGCAUUACACUUACCGGUACUUCAAAUAAUAGCAAUAAUAAUGCAUAUUUUUAACAAAUCGUCAUCUUCCAAUCAGAUAAAUGUUUUGCAUUUAAUCCCCAUGUGUACUUUAGAAAUAUCAAUCUUGUUAGGAUGUAAUUCAUUCCUUGUCUUGGAAUUUCAAAAUGCAAUGCUUAAGUGCCUUACCUGAACACAUCAAUAUGUUUCUGCUUUUUUAUUGUAGUCAUAUGUAACUUAACUUACAUAAGGAUAUGGCACAUUUUUACUGGUAAGAUUUAAUUUUUGUGUUCUAUCAUGUGCAAGGAAAGACAUUGAAAUGAUGCAAUAAUUUUACUCAGAUAACCUCCAAUUGUUGUUGUUUUCACACUGUUACUUUGAGAAUGUUCAGUCAACAAAAAUUACACAGUUAACUAAUUACUAGUACCAAGUAUUUCAGAAAGUCACUUGUUAAAGUUUUUAAAAAAAUAUGCACUAUGUAUAUUUAAACAAUAAUUUCUUAACUUGGCGUUGUCACAUGGUCCCAUUACAUUAUGAUCUUGUUCUUUAAAUUAACAUUGAAAGUUUUGAUAAGGUUAUAGACCAUCAAUUUUACUCAAAUGAGUUUUAUACAUCAUACUUUUAGUAAUUUUAAAAUAUUUUAUUUAUUUCCUUAAAAUCUUGAAGAACAUCAGUUCAGACCAUUCAAAAAUUUACAUUGAGAUAUUACACAGAGAUUAACUGGUGAUUCCAUCUUUUUAUGUAACUUGGGUUAUUUUUCUUAUCUGUUUUGACUUUUAGUAAAAAAUAUGUUUUUUUACAUUUUCUUUAUGGCUGUGCCUAAAUAUUUAUUUUAUAAAGUGACAUCAAACAAAUUUGUAAAAGAAGUAAACAAUUACUGGGUAUUUAGUUUUGAUAUAAAAGAUUUAAAUUCGUAUAAUAAGUGUACUUUAAUUGUUCAAGUACUACUUGCCAUAUUCUGAUCAAGAUCAAUGCGAUAUAACUAUGCUAAUAUAAGAUUGUUACAAGAUACCAUAACAAAGAAAUUAAAGCAUUGAAAAUAAAUGAG